UGUGCACAAGACUCUUCCCGCUGGAGAAGGCAGAUAUCAGGUUCGGAUGAUUCCAUAUGAGGAUGAUGAGUUUACUCGGCCCUUCACUGGUAGAGUGGAUGCAGAGCUGGACCAGAAGAUGAAUGUGGAAGUUCGUGUCGAGGGGGUUGACAGCCGUCAGUUUGCUCUGGUGAUGGACACGUGUUGGGCUACACCUGUGAAUGAUCCUGAUUACAGUCUCCGCUGGGAUCUCAUCCUCACAGAGUGUCCCAACCCAAAUGAUGACACAGUGGAGCUGCUGCAGAACGGCGUCUCGACAUCCAGCCGUUUCUCCUUCAGGAUGUUCAUCUUCACUGCAAACUCCACUAAGCUUUACCUGCACUGCGCUGUUCACCUGUGCCUUCUGUCAAGCAAUCGCUGCUCAACGGACUGUAACUCUGAACCUCACUGGAGAGAGCGCAGGUCUCUGGACUUCCUUGACAGUGCUUCCAUAUCCCUGGGUCCUCUGAUGUUGUCUGAAGGGAACACAGAAAAAUGGAUCCCAGAGCAAGUGGAGGUAUCAGAGGCUUCUCCUCUGUGUGCUUCUCUGAUGCUGUUACUUGCUCAUCUGAUGAGUUCCCUGACCCUAUUUUAGUUAGAUUUAAAAGGUGCAACAUUUUAAAUAUAUAUUGCCAAUUUAAUUACUGUAGAACUAACAGGCACCCUGGUUUUGUGGUUUCUUUAUUUCGUAACUGUUAUUCUAUGUUCCAUUAUGAAUGAAUUGUCAUUUAACAAUACAUCAAUUGUUAUGUAUACUGCAUGCGUUGCAACAACAAUCAGAUUCAUGUUUAUUCAAAUCAUGGCAAAACAUAAUUGAGUUAUUCCUGUUCUGGGGUUCUUUUUUGAUUCUU